AUGGGCCUUUUAUAUCCUCUCAUCUACGGCUACAAGUUCACGACCUCCAAGAUGCCCAGCCAGACCGGUAAGGUUGUCAUUGUGACAGGCGCCAACACUGGCAUUGGGUACGAGACUGCACUCGAGAAUGCUUUGCGUGGUGCAAAAGUAUACAUUGGCGCACGAUCAGAGGCUCGCGCUCAGAAAGCCAUAUCCAGGAUUCGUGCUCGAAACCCAAGUGGAACGGUCGAGUGGCUCAAAUUGGACCUUCAAGACCUGUCGAGCGUGCAAGCAGCUGCCAAGGCAUUCAGCGAUAAGGAAGGCAGACUGGAUGUGCUGUACAACAAUGCAGGCAUCAUGGCAGUGCCGUAUGAAUUGACCAAGGACGGUAUCGAGAGUCAAUUCCAAACCAACCAUCUUGGACCCUUCCUCUUCACCAAUCUCUUGUUGCCCAAACUUCAAAACUCCAAGGAUCCGCGUAUUGUCGUAACGGCUUCCGCUGCACACAUCACCUUUACCGCAACGAAAGAAUCUUACAGCAGCCUCGAAGCAGUCAAUGGCGACCUUGGCUCCACCAUCGCGCGUUACGGGCAGAGUAAAUUGGCCAACAUUCUCUUUGCCAUGGAACUUGCAGAUCGUUUCCCCAACAUCAAGUCAAACGCUUGUCACCCGGGCAUCAUCAACUCGGACCUCAACCGCGGUAUAGGUGCAUCGUACGGCAAGGUUGCUCAAGUUGUGACGGAAGCUACAGUCUGGUUCAACGCUUCGGUGUUGGGUACAUUGCUCUCGUCUCCUCAAGGUGCUUUGACGCAACUGUACCUUGGUACAUCAGAGGAAAUCAGGAGCCAAGGUAUCAGCGGCAGGUACUUCCAGCCUAUUGCCCAAGAGACAAAGCCAAGUGCAUCAGCAACGAAAGACCAGGCAGUCAAGCUCUGGAAGACGUCAGAGGAGAUUUUGAGGCAGAAGGGAUUCAAGCUUACACUGUGAAACGUAGUCACGUAAUGAAAAUGCUGUAGAAUCUUAGACAAGUCCUGCAUGGUAGACUAUUGUCGAGACAAGCUGAUUGCAUCAGAGCGACGGAGGGUCGUCGACCAUACCCGUACAGGGCGGCAGGUGUAUAGACAGUCGAGAAGGAAGGAUCCAUUACUCCGCCACAAUGGCUGAGU